CUAAGGAACCUAGGUCCUUCCAGACACUAGAUUUAAGGGCCGAAUUUUCAAAAUUUAAAAUGGCCAUAACUCCGGUUCAUAUUAUCUGAUCUAAAUAAUUUUGGAUUCAUUUGAAAGAUCUCGUAAAAUUUAAUCUUUCAACUAGAUUAGCACGUACUUUUUAGUGAAUCCAGCAUCACGAAUCAACCUAAUAUACAAUAACUUAAAUCAACAAACUUAUAAUUUAUUGUAUAUGUACGCUCGAGUCCUUUACAUUCCGGGAUCCCCACCGAUUAGGGCCUCGAGCGGCGGCGGCCGCCGACGUUCAUUACAACCCUAGCAGGAUAAACGGCAGAAACUCCUGCAUCAUUGACCGAAAAAGUACAUCCACUUAUCCUAAAACUUAUACUAGCACAGAAUAUAAAACAUAUAUGCAGGUUACGGGAUAUAGGCGGAGGAAUUCGGGAGGCAAGGGGGUCGAGGGAUAAGAGGCGGCUUAAGCUCUGAUGAGCUUGUGGUGCCGUUAAUGUGCCCAGUUAGGAUUAAGUAAGCUCUGACCGACAGAGAAAGCGGACGAUGCAAACCAUAAUCCAGACUCCGGUGAGAAAGGACACUCAAAACGGACUUGAAACGAGCAACAAACAGUAGUGAACCGAUAAAAAAGAAUGAACAAGAAAGACAAGAAAAGCAGGGAAAAGGAAAGAGAAGCAAAAUAGAAAAUGUAACAAGGAGGCACCUCACGGUUAAACUAAGGGACUACAUUUAUGGUUGUGAAAAGAGUAGCGGUCGCAAAGGGGCGAUGUCAUCCAAGCGCAAAUCACCCCCAACGAAGCUAGAGGGUGGGAGCGAAACAGAUCCUAUCAUUCAAAAGAAUGGCGAACGAACGGAUGAGGAGGAUGAUGAGGAAGAUUUAGUAAAUCCCAUGCACAUUGAAGAGGACGAUGAGGCGGACGAUGAAGAAGAUGAUCUUGAAGAGGAGCUAUUAGAAAUCGACGAGGCUCCACCAAUGCUUUCAAACUCCUCUUCUGAGGAUUUGGAAGGUCCAUGCAAGAAACAACGACUAGCCGAGAUCACCCCUAGUACCGCCACUGAGCUCAUAUCUAGUCACUUAUCGGCGCCAAACGCAGCUCUUAAUAACAACAACAGCAUUAAGAUGUCACCGCCAGCGGGGUGUAGUCGUGGUGUUAACUGUUCGGCUGCUUUUGCGCAAAAGCGAUCGAUGGACGAUGUGUUAAGACGUUUAACGAAUAAAAUGCGCGGCAGUUCGUUACGAGAGGGUGCUUCGGAACAGCAGACUAACAACAAUAACACCACAUCGAGUAAUUUAAAUAUCUGCAGCAACGGUGGUGCAGCAAAGCGCUACAGUGACAACACCACUGCAUAUGCAUUAGUAGACAGCUCCGACUAUCGGACAACAGACUCAUUGCUCAGUUGCUAUCCAGGAAGCGUACAGGAGAAGGAGCGGAAGCUGAACGAAAUGAUCCUGCAGUUACAGCUUGUUCGUGAUCACUUAAUCAGCCAACAUACAGAAAGGCCACCUCCUGUGGUUCCACUUGAACUUCCGGAGGUCUCACCACAUCCUGAGACAACACAUGCCUUUGGAGCCACACCGUCUAAGAACCCGCUCCUACCUUUCCUCCCCUACCUGAGACCGCCAUAUAGCGCACCAGCACCCGUAUGGGACUCAGCGACGCAUCUCGCCCACAUGACAGCCGCUGCGGCCGCAGCCGCAUUGGCAGAUGCUCCGCCUCAGUCCCCUUCGCCGGCUGCGACUCCGCCACCUGAUGCUCCGCUUAAUCUCACAAAGCCUAAAGGUGCCUUGUCAGCACCACCUCGAUCUUUUUAUGCACCGCCUGCCACCGAGCCGCCGGACUUCCUCAAUGUGUGCCGCAUGUGGGCCAGUGAACACAUGGCCACGAAGCCCGUACCGCCCCACGAAGAUGAGAAGGGUCGUCUAGCAAGACGACGUGACCCAUCGCGUGAAGAACGCUCAGAUCCCGCCAAACCACACAUCAAACGUCCCAUGAAUGCCUUCAUGGUCUGGGCUAAAGAUGAACGACGCAAAAUACUUAAGGCCUGUCCAGACAUGCACAACAGUAACAUCAGCAAGAUUUUGGGGGCGCGUUGGAAGGCAAUGUCAAACGCUGAAAAGCAGCCAUACUACGAAGAACAAUCGCGAUUAUCUAAACUGCAUAUGGAGCAGCAUCCGGACUACCGCUAUAGACCGCGACCGAAGCGCACAUGUAUUGUGGAUGGAAAAAAAAUGCGGAUAAGUGAGUACAAGAUGUUGAUGCGGAAUCGCAGAGCAGAAAUGCGUCAGCUGUGGUGUCGGGAUAGUGAGACGGCUGGGACAUCGCCAAACGGUCCGCCUGCGGCCACCGCGACUUACUUUUACCCGCCAGAGUCACCCACCUUCACGGCUGAACGCGAGGAUGACUGAGGCCGAAAACUGUGCCAUCAUGUAGACGAAGGAGAUAUAUAACAUUCUUUUUGGAAAGAAACAGAAAAGGAGCACAAAAGCAUACACAAUGAGUAUAAUUCUAGUUAGAGAACGAGGUUGGUUUACGGAAUAAGAUAAGAUAUAUAAGGAUAUAGAGUAAAAAUAGUUAGUAUUUAAGAUUAGAGCUUUUCAGAAGCCACAUUACUUUACUUCUCUUCCUCUUGCCAAUCAAACAAAGAGAAGAUGCUGCAUGAGCAUAUCAAACAAUAAAUAUUUAAACUGUUAUGUGAAUAGCGUUUAACAUAGCUUUUUUCGACUUUGAAAACAAAAAAUCUUACUGACGAUUUUCUUUCACUAAAAUAUUUUGAAUUUUGUUAAUCGUAAUGUCUUUUUUCCGUGGAAUUAUUUUCUUUUUCCCACUCAAAAAGCGUUUUUGAAUGAUCAAAGAUAUACACGUGAUCCGCUAGAGUGUAAGCGUGAGCGCGAAUGUGUACGAUUGACAGCUGAUUGCGCACUAAAACGCAAAUUAUUGAUAUGUCGAAGAAUCACCAGCAUUUUCAAGGUCUCCAACGCGAACGUGCCAUAUUCGCGCCAAUUUACUGAAUCAUUUGACAGUGUAUAGUGUGGCAGACAUGAAGCGAUGUUUCGAUCGGGAGGGAAAUCCCUAAGUGUGUAAAGAUGCGAAUCAGUCAAAAUUUAUUGGUAAUCCACAUUUGCGUCCUUUACACACUUAGAGACUUACGUAGUUUAAAACCACAAUCAGUUGUUUGGACACUGUCAUUUCCCAUUUUCACAGCAACCGGACUUUGUGCUAAUUCACACGAAUAUUCUGAGACACUGACAUCAAAUUGGUGUUUCGUGAGUAAAACCUCUGAGAGAUUGGUCGUAAUUGCUAUUUAAGAAUUCUCCUAAUAUAAGAUUAUUUAUAUAAUAAACUUGUACUAGAAAACCUAAGUACAAAAGGUCCAAAGAGUUUUUCUACACGGCCUAUUUUAUCCGGUGAAGUGUGUCAGAAUAUGAAGAUUUAAAAACGGAACGGCAUUUUCUUUGCUCUCACUCUUUUUUAUUCUGCUCCAACGUUUCGGAGGUGUAUUUCCUCCUUCUAUGAGGGAUGAAGAAAGUCAGAAUAUUGAAGUGGAAAGCUGCACAUUCUUCGUGCACCGAGUGCUCGUAUAGUUGUCUGACAAAUCUUGAACGAAACGAGUGUUAAA